AUGGAUUACAAAGAGGAGCAGUUGCAGGAACUGGAGGUGUUGCAGUCGAUAUACCCUGACGAACUGCAUGUCGUGAGUGACGGAUACCCUGGUGUGAAGUUCGAGGUUGGCGUGCCGCUCGAAUUGGACGCGGACCCGCUCGCGAAGAGUCUCUCUAAAAGACACGUUGUGCUCAUUGGGUUUGUGUUUCCCGAGAUGUACCCGGAUGUGCCGCCCCUCUUGUCCAUCGAGCCACAGGAGUUCUCCCUGCAUGGUGAGAACAGUGACGACGACGACGAUGAUGAUGACAGCGAAGAGGAGCAGGAGUACGACGAGCAUGGGAACAAGAUGAUUUCCAAGCUGGAGGUUUUGCCUGACACGAUCUCGUUCGACGAGUACGUCCCGGAACUGCAGAAGAAGACGGAACAACAGAUCGAGGACGACAUGUUAGUGGGGAUGCAGAUGUGCUUCGCGCUGAUCUCGUCGAUAAAGGAGAACUGCGAGAGCUGGUUUCUACAGAAGUUGACCUCCUUGGAGGAGUUGCAUGAACAGCAACUCGCGGAGAAGGAGAGACAGGAACAAAUCAAGUUCACCGGUACGAAGGUCACGAAAGAGUCCUUCAACGAGUGGAGGGACAGUUUCAGGAAGGAGUGGAAGCUUGACGAGAGAGACUCUAACAGAAGGAUCGCUGCACAUCACGGCAAAAUGACCGGGAGACAGAUGUUCGAACAAGGUGUCGUCGGCAACGCGGACGACGUCGAGGACGUAGCUGAGGCAUUACAGGAUCUGUAG